GACUUGGCUCCGACGAUACUCGGCGUUACCGGCUUCUUCUGCUUCUUGUCCCUCAUUGUUGUAGCGCUUCGCCUAUACGCACGAGCUUUCAUGGUACGGCGUCUAGGUUGGGAAGACCUUUUGAUCUUCAUCACCGCUCUUUUCGUUCUGGGGUGCUGGAUCUGCUUUGUCGGCGAGGCAACGACUGGAGUGCUUGGGCACCACAUGGAGACUGUCACGAUACCACAAUACGAGCUGUUCCUACUAUGGACGUUCCCGCAUCAACUCUUCAUCUCGCUCGGCAAUGGAACAUUCAAGUGCAGUGUUGGCUUCUUCUUGAUCCGAGUGGGCACGAAGAAAUGGGGUCGAUGGGUGCUGUACUGUCUAAUGUCGUUCAUCGCCAUCUCCUCCCUGGUAUAUGGUUCCACACUCUUUUGGUCCUGUAUCCCGCUGCGUGCAAACUGGCAUUUCGACGAACAGAAAGACGCAAAAAUGAUCUCGACCAAGGUGUGGAUGGGUCUUGCUAUGUGGAACGCCGUCGCAAAUAUGUUGACGGAUAGCAUCCUUGCUGUUUGGCCCCUGCCCAUUGUGCUUAAGAUGAGAGUGUCGACUUUCAAGAAGGCCGCGCUCGUUGUCUCGUUGAGCCUGGGAUGGCUGGCAGUCGUGUGCUGCGCAGUCAAAACAUGGGCCAUGUGGAACUACUUUACCGUCUCGGACAAGUACUACAAGGACCUUUACUUCUUCUUGUGUUUCCUGGAAAUGAGCGUCGGAACAAUCGCGGCGUCAGUACCAUUGUUGCAACCACUUGUC